AAUGAGGUAGAGAUAAUUUAUUUAUGUAGAGAUUAAGGAGUUUAUUAUUAUUGCAAAAUGCAAUUGAAAUAUUAUAAAUAUUUUUAUUAUAAAAUGACUGAGUCUAAAGAUAAAUACUGUAAUAAAUCAGGAGACUCUGAAGAUUCAGCUGACAAACUCAGAAAGAAAAUCUAGAAAUCUAAGCAUCAGGGUGGGGUUACGACGUCUUCUAAAAUACGAGAGAUGUUUAAAAAGUAACAGUUCAAGGAGAUUGUAAAUUGGGCUGAGAAAGAUUCUUCAAAUACUAUCAUUCAUGAGUAUGAUGAGAUUAAGGUGAAUUCACAAACUUUGAAAGUAGGACAAAAUGCAUUAAUUAAAAAUGCCAAUAAUCCGUCUGAGGAUUAUGUUGGAAAAAUAUAGAAGAUAAUCACAAUAAAUGAAAAUAACUCAUCAAAAUUCAUUUGUCUUUGUGAAGUCAGAUGGUAACCAAGAUAGUGAAUAAUAGGUUUUAUCGCAAAAGUGAGGUGAUUAAAUUUCGACCUUCAGCUAAGGUUUGGAUUUCCAACAGUGAGGUUUUUAGUACUUCAUGUACAGACUAUAUUUUGGCCUCAGCGAUUUAAUCUCCUUGCAUUAUUUACUCUUUAGAAGAGUACGAAAGUGCAUAGACUUUGGAUAAGUGCACUUUCUUCACAAGAUUAGGUUGGAUACCAAGCAAAAAUAGAUUCGAAGGUUAUUCAAAAUUGACAAACCAUUGCACUUGCAAAUAACCCUUGAAUCCGGAUUUGCCUUCUAUCCAAGUAUUAACUCAUAACUAUAUAGUGCGACAAAUGCCAGAAAUGGUACCAUAUGAACUGCGUUGGGGUUACUAAAUCAGAUUAUGAUCAAAAAGAGUACAUAUGUGGGUGUUGUAGAUGAUAUAUAAUUUAAACGAAACUUAGAAUUUACAUUGAUUUUUUAUCAUCAAAUAA